CACCCUUGAGAUAUAAACCUGCCUUAAGCUUACAUGAGUUUCACAAGUACGCUGUACUCCGUGCAGUCCAGUUGGACUCUCCUGACCUGCGACGAUGCUGGUCGGAAUCCUCCUCAGCUUCAGCGCUCUCGCCUUCUGCAGCGGGUCGUACGUCGUCACGACUCCGAGGCAAUGGAUUCCCGGAGAAGACAGUCAGCUCUGCAUAAACCUCCAGAACUCGCACUCUGCCGGGGGAGACCUUAGACUCAGCAUGAUCACACCGCAGGGCAGGUCGUAUAAGGAAGAAGCUAACAUUACGAUCCUGCCCACGCAAACACUGACGAUCGCUGCAGGGCAAUCCCACCAGUGCUACGACUUCCGGCUUCCUGAGGGCGAAUUCUACCGAGGCUACCUGGCCCUGAGCGGAAGGCUGGGCGGCGCCAGUGUCGAGGAGACGGUGGAGGUCUCCCUCAGGAGGAGCAGGAACCUGACCUUCAUUCAGACGAACAAGUACCUGUAUCAGCCAGGACAGGAGGUCAAGUUCAGGAUACUUACCGUUUACGGAUGGAAGGCAUUCGUGUCCAGGGAAGAGUACCCCGAAGUAUGGGUGACGUCGCCGUCGCAGACUCGCAUCGCGCAGUGGAAACGCGUCGACAACUCGGCCGGCCUCGUCCACCUGGCUUUCCAGCUGGCUGACGAGCCCGAGGAGGGCACUUACACCAUCAACGUGCGCAGCGCCGACAAGAUGCUCAACACCAGGACCUUCAAGGUCAGGGAGUACGUCCUGCCCCGCUUCGAGGUCGAGGUCACACCGCCCAAGUACAUGUUAGGAACUGACGAUCGAUUCAACUUCAGAGCCUGCGCCAACUAUACCUAUGGGCAGCCAGUCAAGGGCAAGAUGACACUCGAAGUCUCCAACAAUGAGCGAAGACGAUGCCUAUCCAAAUACAAGAGAACUGUACUGGUCACAGGCUGCCAUGACUUCGAAGUGACGGCCGAGGAGCUGCGCCUCAUGGACUGUUCCGUUUACAGCGUGCGCGCGACGGCCACCAUGGAGGAAGAGGGCACAGGGAUCACCUUCAAUGCCACCGCCAGGGAGAGAGUCCGCCGUACCGCCGUGACACUGAGGGCGGUGCGUGAGGACGCCUACAAAAAGCCAAAUCUACCCUACGUCCUUCGAGUGCAGGCCUCUUUACCUGAUAAUACCCCGGCUCCUGGUUUGCCCAUAGAGGUAUGCUACGCUGGCCGCUGUAGGAACAGGACCUCGGACGCCGAGGGGAAGAUCAUAGCUGUCGUCCUGUCGGGAAAUUUCCACAGAAUCAUAAUGUCGACCUUGAACUGCCGCGCCGAGAUGAGGGCGAGUGUUUUCUCGAAGAACCUGGAACAUUACUUCUCGCCCUCGAAUUCAGCGCUGCAGAUCCAAGUGCCUGAGGAGUCGAUAUCCUGCACUUCAGGAAAGCACAAGAGAUACCUCAUCGAUAUCAUGUACUCGGCCAAUAACACGGCGUCUACGCGUCUAAACUGUCAGAUCAUAGCCCGCGGUAAGGUCCAAAAGUGGUGGAGCGUUCCCGUAGAAUUCAAACCUGCUCAGCUCCCCUACGACACACAACAGUUAGUGGAGGACCCUUACACACCUGCCCACCCCAUUGUCACGGGCGUCGUCAGAGUCCCCAUCACCAUUACGCCCACUAGCGCACCCUCAGUGCAGGUUCUAGUGUGGUACACCCGCGACGACGGCGAGGUGGUGUCUGACGCAGCGGAGUUGAAGGUGGACUCGUGUCUGCUCCACGAAACGCGCCUCACGUGGGAGACCCCGAAGGAACAGCCAGGAGAGAAAACCACGCUGUCACUGCAGGCUCGGGGUGAUGCUCUCUGCUCUGUGGGCGUCGUGGACAAGAGCGCCGAGCUCCUUAACCCCGACCCGGACCCCAUUAGGCUGGAGAGGGUCAUCGACUACCUGGGUGACUACAAAAUCUACCCGUGGAUUAAUUCACAGAUCGAUGACACCAAGUACUGCGAGAGGAAGAUUUUCAGACAAGGUGGCGUUCAGCAGGAUUCCGGACCUGGAACAGAAGACAUACUUCCUCCAAAUCGUCGACGAUACUAUAGCGAGUACGUUGACUCCCUCAGGAUGUUCAGUGAUUCUGGUCUCUACGUCUUCUCAGACCUCACUCUUGAGACGAGACCUUGCGAGGAAGAUGUGUGGGACUUCUACGACCGACCCUACGACGGUGGGCCGGUCUACGCCAAUAUCCCUACAUCCGCUAUGGGACCCGACCGUGAAUUCGACGAACCCGACCUAUCCGACAGCGGGGCGAAGGAGAACCGUCCGAGAACCCGCUUCCCAGAGACAUGGCUGUGGGACAUCGUUGUCGUGCCGUCAAGUGGCGUCUUGAGCCAGAGCGUGACCCUUCCCGACACAAUAACGGAGUGGGUUGGCAAGGCCGUGUGUGCCCAUCCGGAAGUGGGUGUCGGGCUGUCGGAGAAGGUUUCCAUCACCGCCUUCACGCCCUUCUUCACGGACCUUACCAUCCCGCCCUCCGUCAAGCGCGGCGAGAUCCUUCCCGUCAAGAUAUCGGUCUUCAACUACCUCGAGCAGCAUUUGAAGGUGACGGUCCACCUUCUGGAGAGCCCCGAGUACGAGUUGGUGGAGGACCCGUCGCCGCGAGGAGUCGGGAAGCGUAAGUCGGCCUGUGUGGCACCGCAGGAUAAGGUCGUGCACGUAAUCAAGAUCCGGCCCCUGGCACUGGGCAACGUCAAUCUCACCGUGUCGGCUUUCACGGACACGAGCGGCGUCUCUUCGUGUGGCGUCGGUCGUCCGGUUCAGAGGAGAGACACCCUUAUUAAGCCAAUCAAAGUAGAAGCUGAGGGCUUUUUAAGAGAAAAGACGUUUACCAAAUACGUUUGUGCUAAUGAGAUGGGUAGCGAGCCGGACUCUGCCGUCCUGUGGGAGUUGUCGCCGCCCGCGGACAUCGUCCCGGACUCGGCGCGCGGUUGGGUCACGGUUGUCGGAGACCUGCUCGCACUCUCGCUGCAGAACCUCGGCUUCCUGAUCCGCAUGCCCUCCGGCUGUGGUGAGCAGAACAUGAUCAACUUCGCCCCAAACGUCUACAUGAUGCAGUACCUGACGGCGACGAAGCAGAAUACCCCCGAGAGCACAGAGAAGCUCCUCAGGUUUAUGAAGCUGGGAUACCAAAGGGAACUGCUUUAUCUCCGCAGCAAUGGUUCCUACAGCGCCUUCGGGAACGCUGAUGAUUCUGGCUCAACUUGGCUCACGGCCUUCGUCCUUAAGUCCUUUGUUCAAGCAAAGGCAUUCAUCUACAUCGAUGACUCCAGCCUGAACCGAACCCGAGUUUGGCUAAUGGAUUCUGAGCUGGACCGCAGCGGGUGUGUCAUCCAAGUGGGGAAGGUCUUCAGCAAAGGCCUCAAG